AUGGAUGACUAUUCAUCAUCUGUCUGUUACAGUGAUUUUGCUGAUGACGAAGUUGAAACAUUAAAACGUUAUAAACCUCGAAGUCUUGAUGAAUUAGCAAGUCGAACAAAAUUUAGUAAAAAAGAAAUUCAAGUUAUUUAUCAAGGUUUUAAACAAGAAUGUCCAUCAGGAACUGUUGAUGAAGAAACAUUUAAACGUAUUUAUGGGCAAUUUUUUCCAUUUGCUGAUACAUCAACAUAUGCUCAUUUAAUAUUUUCAACAUUUGAUUUACGUUCAUCAAGUUUUGUAACAUUUGAAGAUUUUCUUAUUUGUUUAUCUACAUUAUGUCGUGGAACAAUCGAAGACAGACUUAGAUGGAUAUUUUCAUUGUAUGACACAAAAAGAUCAGGAAAAUUAACAAAAAAUGAUUUUCAUGUAAUUAUAUGUGCUGUUUAUUCUUUACUUGGUAAUGUAUCAAAUCGUAACUAUGAUCAUGAAACUAUUCGAGAACAUACAGCUAUUGUCUUUCAAAAAUUUGACAAAUCACAGCGAGGUUAUAUUACUGUACAAGACUUUAUAUCAUUCUGUUCGAAAGAUCCAGCAAUAAUUCAAUCAAUUGAAUCAUUACGUACAACUGUGUGA